GACAGAUGGGGCCCGUUUUUCGCCUACGUGGCACUCCAGGCCGUCCCGGCAGCCGUUAGACGGCGAGACGGCACCGUUCGGUCCUAGCAGUCAAAAGUGUGAACCGUUACUCCUUAUCCAGUCUUCUCGCUCGCUCAUCUCUCGCUCUCGCUCUGUUCUUGGUCGCCGCAUCCGUCGCCGCCGCGCCGCCGCAGUGCCAUGGUGUCGUGGAGUGAUGGGUCGGAUAGCAGCGAGCACACCGUGGAGCACAUGAGCUCAGCUUUCGACGACGGCACCAUUAAGGUUCCUGCUAGCACCGAAGACUCAGAUUUCGAGGGCCCUGAGACAGAUAUGUAUGUUUUGUGCCAUGGACACGGGAAGGCAGCAGAGAGGCGUGUUUCUUUUGAAGGGAUUCACACUGGCAGGAGGUUCCUUUGUUGUGCAGAGAAGGAAGAUAAAAACUAUGGACUAGUAGAAUGGAUUGAUCCAUCUUGGCCCAAUACCCUUGGGAAUGCACUAUCCAAGUUAUGGUUUAUGUAUGAACAGAGUAAGAGAGACAUGAAUGAGGACAGUCUGAUGCAUUCAUUUGCUAUUCAUGACCUGACACAAGAGAAAAAGAAACUCCAGGCCAGCUAUGAGAAGUUGGUUGAAGAUGUCAAUGCACUUAUGGAUGCCCAGGAGCAGAGGGCAGUGAUAGAAAGGAAAGAUGCUGAAACCACCAAGUUGCAGGAGAAGUAUGACACUGUUAAGAACCUAGCAGCUGCUCAAGCUAGUGUCAUUAGGAACAUGAAGUUGAAGCUAGCUGAAGAGAGGAAGAAUCUGCAGAUCCACAUUGACGAGCUCAAGAAGCCAGUUGAAGAGAGCAAUGUGAAGCUGGAGGGGAUCAAGGCCAUCAUAAAUGGAUAAGCAGGUGGUUGUGGAAGAGAAGAAUGGGCAAUAUCAUUUGGCAUUUGCUGACCUUUUGCAGGGUGUGGUUUGGCAUUUGCUGUAAUGAUAGUAAUUUAAAUUCUAUUAACUAUGAGUACUCCUGAACUAUGGAUAUGUAAUGUACUAAUCUAGUACUAUGAUUAUGUAUGGAUUUGAACUAGUCCUGAAUGUGGUGGUAUUUAGAGUUGGUUAAUGUUAUCUUAAGUAAGAUGUUUGCAAUUGAUGAUUGUGAUCUUAAGUAUGUUUCUGUUCAACUGAUGAUUGUGAGCUUAAGUAGAGUCAAUUUGUGGUUUUUGGCUUUUUGUCGACGCUGAGGCAUCAAGUAGGGUCAAUUAGGGUUUUUGGCUUUUUGUCGAUACCGAGGCAU